AUGUACCCAAUCAGCAAACUCGUGGUGGUGGCCUUGGCCUGUAUUGGUGGUGUCGUUGCUGCCCCAGCUCAUGUUGGGGUUAUCAUCGGCUAUCGAACCGUUUCUGAUGUACAAGCAGCAAUGUACAAGAAAGCCGGGACCCCUGUUUUUGAUAAACCCUGGGGAGACACCCAGAUAGGGGAAGGAGUCUAUCUCACUGCAAAGGGGGCCGGGUGGCCAGGCGGGACUAAGGAUUCGUUUUGCGCCAUCUCUGCAAAUCCAGCGCGGCUUUCCUCUACCAAAAAGGCAUGGAUACCCGAAACCUACGGCGGAAAGACCCUCUGGAAGAAGCUUGCCAACAUAGACGCGUAUAUCAAGUCGCUAGAUAAGACUUGGGACCCAGCUAGCGUCCUACGACUCUCACGUAUCUUAGGUAAAGAAACCGAACUUCAGUUGCUGAUUCCCCCGAAGCUGCUGAAUCAGAAUGGAGGCGGUCUCGGGUUGACGGUGACUUGUACCAAAGACGAAAAAAAGAUGAAGAAUAUGCCGACGAUUGACUGGUUGAAUGACUCCCGUUGGAGAACGAAUGUGAAAGGACGGAUGGACUGA